AUGUCUUCUAACCAGCAAUGCCGCAAGGGUCGAUCAUUAAAACGUUGGGUAGUUGCUAUUUUUACCGAUACCAAAGACUUUAGUGUUGUGCCAAUUAAUUGGCUCAACUUAGACUUUAAUCUGGAAGAUUUAACACAAUCUAAUAUUUCAUCAGUUCAGUACUGUCGAUGGCCACCAUUUAAAGUAACCAGUUUGGAGUUAAUGAAUGCGGAUGAUGCAGAAGAAACAUGGCAAUCAUUUAAAAUAAAAAUUAUGGAUGGUAAAAUAUAUGUAAAUUUCAAACAGGCUUGGCACAAACAAGUUGAAAUCGAAUUCUCUGCUACUGAAAGUGAACAAGAACCUCCGAGUAACAAAAAGAAAUAUCAGCCAAGUUCAUGUUCCAAAUCAUUAUUAGUUAAUUUAUCUGAUGAAAGCAAUGAUUAUGAUGAUGAUGACUUUUAUAAUGUAAUGGCUUCAUCUCAAACGACUCAAACUCAUUCUUUAGCUGCACCUGUUCCAGCUGCACAGAGUUCUUCUAGUCUUUCAACAGCACAUGGAGUAGAGUUGAAUCCAGAUUUAACCUCGGAUUUAACUGAGUUGAUGCCAAUUUUGAAUAAAAAUAUGUGUUCUACAUCAGACAUUUCAUUUAAGCCAAUAAAUGAAAUAGAUACAUACAAUCAGACUUAUCUUCAACAAGAUAAUGACCCAACCGUGAAAAUGAUGCUAAAUAGAAUUUUAAUAAAAAUCUCUAACAUUGAAAAUAUUUUAUCAAAGAACCACAAAGAUGAAUCUAUUCUACUUGACGAAUCGUUUAGAUCCAAAUUUCCACUUAUUCAUGCUGAAGGAUUUUUAUUAGUUGAAACUUGUAUAUUAAACGAAAAUGGCUUUGCUUCAAAACUGAAAUGUUUUAUUCGAUCUAUUGGUGGAAGGGAUGGUAAAGAACAUAUUACAAGAUCAUUGACUAAACUAUUCAAAAAUGAAUAUGCCGGCAAAUGUACCAUGACUGGUCGUGGGAAAAAUAUUAUUACUAAAAUAGGAGAUGCUGAACUGAUAAAAAUAUUAACAAAUGUUAUAAAAGAAAAUUCCAAAAAUGCUAUUACGAAUUCUGACAUAGAAAGGGAAAUUGCUGAAUGGUUUAGGCGAGCUAACACACGAGUUCAAAGGGACAAACAAAAUUAA